ACACAACCCAGAGGACGCGGGACGGGAUUUCGGAAGCUGACGGGUUUGCAGGCUUGGCCAUGUCCCACGUGUCCAGACCUGCCUUCAGCGGGGCCGAGGGUCCCGAGGGACACCCGCAGCAGUCCCAGCCCCUUGGGCACCCGCUGGGUGUCGCGGCGGGGCUGAGCAUGGGGACCGGCGACGCGGCGGAGUCUGUCAUCGACCCUGACAUGGUGGCCUUGUUCGAGGAUUUCCUGGGGAAAGAGGUCUCGGAGGAGGCGACGAUGUCCUCGGCGGGGGUGCAUCCCCUGGCACAGCCCUACCACUACGUGGUGCGGGACACGGAGCAGAACGGGCUCUGCCUGCACAACGGGCACCUGGUGGCCACCAGACUGCAGGGUGCCAACGCCGCCCAGGAAGAACCCAUCAGCGUGGUGCCCAACCAGUACCUGGAGCGCCGGCGCCUCCCCCUCAUCGUGGGCAUCCGUGGUGGCACCCAGGCCCUCUCCUGCGGCACCGGUCCCAAGCCCCAGCUGAAGCUGGAGGAGGUGGGGCUGCUGGACCUGUUCUCGCGGGGGGCCGAGGCCACCCCCUACACCUUCUACAAGACCUUCAGUGGCUCCACGCACACCUUCGAGGCUGCCGCCUUCCCCGGGCACUUCCUCAGCACCACCCAGGGGCAGGGGAAGGCACUGUCCCUGGCCCCCCCCCCCCGCCGUCACCUGCUUCUACCUGCUCCGCAAGUGACCGCGGCACCCGUGGGUGGGGGAGGCACCCGUGGGUGGGGGUGUCCUCCCCACCAUAGGUCCCCCCCAGGGUGGGGGAAUAAAGCGAUGGCGUUUGUCACAGCUUGUGGUGUGGGGUUUGGGGCCGGGGGGGGCAGGAUCGGGCCCUGUGGGGCAGGAUCGGACUCAGUGGGGCAGGAUCAGGCUAUGGGGGGGCAGGAUCGGGCCCCGUGGGGGCAGGAGGAGGGGCCUGCCACGCCGAGGGGGCGUGGCCUCACCACGGGGCGUGACCGGGGGCGGGUUGGUGUGCUGCCUUGCCCCGCCCCCGCCGGGAGGGGAGGGGAGGGGCGGAGGAAGGGGGCGGGUCCGGCGGUGCACACGCCCCGCGCCGCGCGCCGGCAGUGCCGGUAA